AUGUGGGCAACUCAGAGCAGGCAGAAAUCUUAUGCAGAUAAGAGAAGGAGACCACUAGAGUUCGAGACAAGAGAUCAUGUGUUUCUACGUGUGACAUCGACAACUGGAGUUGGAAGAGCUAUUAAGUCAAAGAAGUUGUCACCGAAGUUUUGUCGGACCUUGAGAAAGUAUGUUCCUAAUGCGACUCAUGUGCUAGAGGCAGAUGACAUCCAAGUUAGAGAGGAUCUCACUUUGGAUGUUGGACCAGUGCGGGCGUUAGAAAAGCAAACUAAAAACCUAAGAGGAAAAAAUAUACGCAUGGUGAAGGUGCUUUGGAAUGAGGGGACUCAGGAAAUGACUUGGGAGUUAGAAGAGCAUAUGAAGAAAGAGUAUCCGUAUCUUUUUCGGAAUAAAAACAUUUUCGAGGACGAAAACUUUUGA